CUCCAAUAACGGGUUACCCCAUUUGAGUGCACGGGUCAUCAAAAUUCGGAGCCGGAAGAAUUCGGAUCCUAUCCAUUUUUAACAGAACAUAUCACAUUAGGUUUUUAGAGGGGUUUUACACUGUUAAGCUUGCGGCUUCAAAGUCUGCUGCCAGUGACACUCCCGUUUUCCUUGAUCUCUUCUCCACUCCAUUCUUUACGGUUCAGUAUGUGGAGAAAUUUAUCAAAGAAAGCUUCUUUAAGGAAUCGUAAGUUAUUCUCAGAGUUCCAUCCUUCUCUAUACACUUACAUUUCGGGUUUUCGGUUCCCUCAAUCGUCUGAGAAGAUAAGAGGUGGAAGGGAUGGAGAACAGACGAUUCCCGUCUGCAAAGAUCAUCACGGUUUUGCUCAAAGAUCGUUUUUUUCCGGAGGAUUCGAGAUGGGCAUUGGAGAUUUUUGUGCUUGGAGCAAUUUUCCCAGGGGUUAUGCUACUGCAGCCGAGGCUUUAGUUUCUUCCUCAGAGGAAGAUGCUGACGAGAUUCGGGAGGUGGUUGGGGAAGGUAGUGAGGAUAUAUUGAUGGAAAAGCACCAAAAACAGCCGAAGAUGAUUGCGGGUAUGGGGAUAUGGAAGUAUAAUGCGUUGAGGAAGAGACAGAUCAAGAUUGAGACGGAGGCGUGGGAAGAGGCGGCAAGGGAGUAUCAAGAGCUUUUGGCCGAUAUGUGCAACAAGAAUCUGGCACCCAAUCUGCCUUAUGUGAAGUCGCUGUUUCUGGGCUGGUUUGAGCCUUUGAAGGCUGCCAUAGCUGCAGAACAGGAGGGUUGUUUGGCAAGGAAGACCAAACAAGGCCAUGUUCCGUAUUUCACUCUCCUCCCUGCUGAUAAGAUGGCAGUCAUUACAAUGCACAAGUUGAUGGGGCUGUUGAUGGCUGGGAAUGUGCGUGGAACUGCUUCAGUAGUGCAGGCUUGUUGUCAUAUCGGUGAAGCCAUAGAGAAUGAGGUUAGGAUACAUAAGUUUUUGGAGAAUACAAAGAAAAAAGGCUCAUCGAAUUCUGAUUUUGAAGAGCAGCCUGAAGUUCAAAUGAGUGAAAAACUGAGACUAAGGAAAAAAGUCACUACUUUGAUUAAACAACAAAAGUUGCAGCAGGUUAGGAUGAUAGUGGAGCAGCAAGCUGAUGGAAAGCCUUGGGGAAAGGAAAAUCAAGUCAAGGUAGGCAGCCUUUUGAUGAAGAUAUUGAUGGACGCAGCCUAUAUACAGGUUCCUAUGAAUGAGUCCGAAGGCGUGCCUGACAUCCGGCCUGCAUUUGUUCACACAAUCAAGACUAUAGAAGCACCGGGAGGCUCGAGGAGAUGUGGGAUGAUUGAGUGCGAUGCUCUAGUUUCCAAAGGCCUUGAGAAAACUGCUAGGCACAUGGUGAUACCUUAUAUGCCAAUGGUGAUUCCUCCAAAGAAUUGGACAGGAUAUGACAAAGGCGCUUAUUUAUUUUUACCUUCAUAUAUUAUGCGGACACAUGGAGCAAAACAACAGCGUGACACAAUCAAAAGAGUUCCGACGAAUCAAUUAACACAAGUUUUUCAGGCACUUAACACUCUUGGUAACACCAAGUGGAGGGUGAACAAAAAGAUACUUGGUGUUGUGGACAGGAUAUGGACCAGUGGAGGUGGUCUUGCUGAUUUAGUUUAUCGCAAAGAUGUUCCUUUACCAGAAAAACCAGACACAGAAGAUGAAGCCGAAAUCAAGAAAUGGAAGUGGAAAGUCAGGAACUCGAAAAAGCAAAACAAUGAGAGACAUUCUCAACGUUGUGAUAUUGAACUGAAACUAGCUGUUGCACGAAAACUAAGGGACGAAGUGGGAUUUUACUACCCACAUAAUAUCGAUUUUCGUGGGCGUGCGUAUCCGAUGCAUCCAUAUCUGAACCAUCUUGGCUCUGACCUGUGCCGUGGAAUCCUAGAAUUUGCGGAAGCGCGUCCACUAGGAAAGUCAGGGCUGCGUUGGCUAAAGAUACACCUGGCAAACAUUUAUGGUGGUGGUAUUGAUAAGUUGUCAUAUGAAGGCCGGGUGGCAUUUACUGAAUACCAUGUAGAGGACAUUUUUGAUUCUGCAGACAGACCUCUGGAAGGAAAACAAUGGUGGUUGAAAGCAGAGGAUCCAUUUCAAUGCUUAGCAACAUGCAUUAAUCUUACUGAGGCACUCAGAAGCCCUUCUCCUGAGACUUACCUUUCUCAUAUCCCUGUUCACCAGGACGGCUCAUGUAAUGGGUUGCAACAUUAUGCUGCCCUUGGGAGGGAUGAGUUGGGAGCUGCAGCUGUCAAUCUUGUUGGAGGAGACAAGCCAGCAGAUGUUUACUCUGGAAUUGCUGCUCGAGUUCUUGAUAUCAUGAAGAGUGAUGCAGCUAAAGAUCCUGCGACUUAUCCGAACGCGACGCAUGCAAGACGUUUGAUCAACCAGGUUGACAGGAAAUUAGUUAAACAAACGGUGAUGACUUCAGUGUAUGGAGUCACAUAUAUUGGUGCCCGUGAACAAAUCAAAAGAAGAUUAAAGGAGCGUGGUGUGAUUGAAGAUAAUGAUGAGCUGUUUUCAGCUUCUUGCUACGUGGCAAGAACUACAUUGACUGCCUUGGGACAAAUGUUUCAAGCUGCACGAGGCAUCAUGGGCUGGCUUGGGGACUGUGCCAAGAUCAUUGCUCGGGAGAAUCACCCUGUACAAUGGACAACUCCGCUUGGCCUACCUGUUGUGCAACCUUACCGAAAAACAGGAAGGCAUCUUAUUAAGACGUCUCUUCAGAUUUUGUCCUUAAAACGAGAAACAGAUAAGGUGAUGGCUCAACGGCAGAAGACAGCCUUCCCUCCAAAUUUUGUACACUCACUUGAUGGUUCCCAUAUGAUGAUGACUGCCAUUGCGUGUCAAGAAGCAGGCCUAAAUUUUGCAGGGGUGCAUGAUUCAUACUGGACUCAUGCUUGUGAUGUUGAUCAAAUGAAUAAAAUUCUAAGGGAAAAGUUUGUGGAACUUUAUGAAAAACCAAUAUUAGAAAAUGUACUAGAAAACUUUCAACAGUCAUUCCCUAAAUUACAAUUCCCUCCUCUGCCCGAGCGGGGCGAUUUUGAUUUGAGAGAAGUUUUGGAUUCUCCCUACUUUUUUAACUAAGAUUUACACACACAGAAGUCGUGAAUCCUACAGCAUCAUGGUAAAAGCAGGCGCAGAAACAGAGCCAAACAGCUGUUUGGGGCCAAUCCGCUUUUACCAAUAGGGUAGGGCAGUGCCCCACACAAGGUGAGGCCGUUUAUCAUCUCAUGAACGCUGCUGCUUCAUAUACAUGUGACUUUGAAGGCGAGACGACUUGUCUUAUAGUUGGCAUGCACAGACACACACCGAAAGGGUCUUUUUUUCCCCAGAGUUUGGAAACCUUUACAACAUUACAUGUAUAGUAAUACGCACGUACACGGAUACAUUGUUCUUGGAUUUUUAUUUUUACGGUAUUAAAUUGUACAUAGGAUC